GCCAACCAAGCCUUCGUCUUUGCCCGGCCCACGUUCUUCCUCCCUCCUUUCGCCCCUCUAUCCCUUGCAACCUCCAGUCGCCCGUCUUCACUAUGUCCAGGGCCCAGUUCCUCCGAGAGUACAAGCUCGUAGUCGUUGGCGGCGGUGGUGUCGGAAAGUCAGCUCUGACUAUUCAAUUCAUUCAGAGCCACUUCGUGGAUGAGUACGACCCAACUAUCGAGGACUCGUACAGGAAGCAAUGUGUGAUCGACGACGAAGUCGCUCUUUUGGACGUCUUGGACACCGCCGGUCAGGAGGAGUAUGGGGCUAUGCGAGAACAAUACAUGCGCACUGGCGAAGGAUUCUUACUCGUCUACUCCAUCACUUCUCGCAACUCGUUCGAGGAGAUCAGCACAUUCCACCAGCAAAUUCUUCGUGUCAAGGACAAGGACUCCUUCCCAGUCAUUGUUGUAGCUAACAAAUGUGAUCUUGAAUACGAGCGCCAAGUUGGCAUGAAUGAGGGGCGCGAUCUCGCCAAACAUUUCAAUUGCAGAUUCAUUGAAACCUCCGCUAAACAGCGCAUCAAUGUCGAUGAGGCGUUCUCCAACCUCGUCCGUGAGAUCCGGAGAUAUAACAAGGAGCAACAAACCGGUCGUCCUGUGCAGCCCAACGGACCUGGUGCCCCUGGCGUGUACAACCAUCCCGAUGGCAUGGAUCAGGGGACAUCUGGCUGCUGUUCUGGCUGUAUCGUGGCGUGAACCUUUCCUCGUGCGCUCAGCGCACCAUACUUGCUCUACUACUCCUUCUCGGUCCCGCAGUUACCCAUAUCUUUUUGUUUUGACCGUAAUUAUCAUUCUCGUUGUUAUAUAUUUCUGGAUAUUUCUUCAGUGUUCACUCGCUUCACCGGCUUCAUUCAACGAUAAACUCGUUUUCGAUACCUCCUUGUGUCUGCCCCUGUUACACGCGUCAUCUUGCCUCCCCAAUGGAUUUUUAGCAUUUCAGUCUCUU